UCGCUGGCGCGCGGGGUGGCCGAGGGGAGCCGAGCGGGAGCUGGGGGAGGGAGGGAGGGGCGGGGCGGGGGUCCGGAGGAGUCACGCGCCCGCUCCCGCCCCAGGUCUCCCAUUGAGGAUGCGGGUCCGCCGGCCUCAGCCCUGGGGGCUCGGUCUGCUGCUCGUCCUCCUGCCUGGGACAUUGAGUGCAGGUACCCCGGCCCAUCUGCUCUCUUCACCUGUGUCUCCGGCAGAGAGCCAUCGCUCCCUCCUGUACCACUUCACGGCCGUGUCCGCCCCCGCCUCGGGGACUCCUGCCUUCUGGGUGUCGGGCUGGCUGGGUCCACAGCAGUACCUGAGCUACAAUAACCUGCGGGCUGAGGCUGAGCCCUACGGCGCUUGGGUCUGGGAAAGCCAGGUGUCCUGGUAUUGGGAGAAAGAGACCACAGACCUGAGGAGCAAGGAGAAGCUCUUCCUCGAAGCUCUCCAAGUUUUAGGGGAAGGAGGUCCCUACACCCUGCAGGGCCUGUUGGGCUGUGAGUUGGGCCCUGACAAUGUCUCGGUGCCUGUGGCCAAGUUUGCCCUGAAUGGCGAGGAGUUCAUGAUGUUUGACCCCAAGAUGGGCACCUGGGAUGGGGACUGGCCUGAGUCCCAGACCAUCAGUAUCAAGUGGACGCAGCAGCCCGAGGCAGUCAACAAGGAGAAGACCUUCCUGCUCUACUCCUGCCCCCACCGGCUGCUGGGGCAUCUGGAGAGGGGCCGAGGCAACCUGGAGUGGAAGGAGCCACCCUCCAUGCGCCUGAAGGCCCGACCGGGCAGCCCUGGCUUUUCUGUGCUCACCUGCAGCGCCUUCUCCUUCUACCCACCCGAGCUGCAGCUGCGAUUCUUACGGAAUGGGAUGGCAGCUGGCUCUGGUGAGGGUGACAUUGGCCCCAACGGCGAUGGCUCCUUCCACGCCUGGUCAUCACUGACAGUCAAGAGUGGCGACGAGCACCACUACUGCUGCGUGGUGCAGCAUGCAGGGCUGGCCCAGCCCCUCACUGUGGAGCUGGAAUCACCAGCCAAGUCCUCGGUGCCAGUGGUUGGAAUCGUCAUCGGCUUCUUACUGCUCAUGACAGUGGCUGCAGGAGGAGCUCUUCUGUGGAGGAGGAUGAGGAAGGGGCUGCCAGACCCUUGGAUCUCUUUCCGUGGGGACGAUGUAGGGGCCCUCCUACCCACUCCUGGCCUGUCCAAGGAAGCUGAAUCUUAGGAUAUAAAUGCAUUCGCAGCGACUGCGGAUCGUCCCCCAUCCUGGCUGCUACCAGCUAAUGUAGUGAGGUCCUUUUCAUGCUGUGAGACCUCCUGGAAUCCUGGUAUUUCUGAGCCUCCAGAAGGAGCCCGAUGUCCGCCCUCUGAAUUUCUCCUUCUGUGGCCUGCCUCAGUUUCCCCUCCUGAUAUAUAUGGCUCUCUUCCACCUCCACAUAUAACAUGGGUUUGGGCCCGAAUCAUUGUGUUCUCAUCGUUUCAACUUUUUAGGAAAUUGUGGGGGGAAUAAAUGGUGUAAGCCUUGGGCUUCAAAUCUC